UGGCCAUACUCUAUAUGUGGCUGUUGUAACAUCUGGCAACCCCUGGUUAUCACGGUGCUUUGUUAUCUCCCAAGGGCUGCUGGGUGAUAGGCUGGCUGUCUGUUCCUAAUGAGACUCCUCUUCACACGGCAGCUUGUGUAGUGCAGAGAUAAUGAAAGAGUCUGUAGGCAGUUAGGUAAUGACCUUAAACUUGUGUGUUCACAGCUGCAAGAAAAUGUGUAUUAGCAAUCCAUUCAAGAGGGUGACGUCUGCAUUGCUGCUGGAAGGAAAGAGUUUUUCCUCCUUUGGUGACUGGCCAGGCAGGACUACUGUUUUGUGUUCAAGUGUGGUGACUUUGAUGUAGUUACAAUAAGAAUUUUGGCUGCAGUCAGUUUCAUACAUCUUAGCAAGGUCUGUUUCUAGGACUCUCAUGUGGUGCUGUAUACUGUUGACAUGAACUAUUCCUUUUUUAAUGAGGUCAGCAUGGCUCAGCAGAUUAGGUACAGGAAGGAUGACUUAGCAUGCUGCUGUGGCCCCAGAAACCCGAGCAAAUCCCCUCAGUUUCCCAGGCUGUAAAUACAGAUAAGUGUUAGUGUGUUUUCCAGAGAGUGGCUGUGUAAAUAAAGUUCUAGGCUGUAAAAUGAUUGUUAAUCUCAGCGUGGAGACAUUUGGUUUGGGGACAUGGCUUCAGGAGUAAACGUGUCUAACCCUGCUCUGAACUUUUCAGAAAAGAAGAUGGACCAGCCUAGUGGGAGAAGUUUCAUGCAAGUAUUGUGUGAAAAGUACAGUCCUGAAAACUUCCCUUACCGCCGUGGUCCUGGGAUGGGAGUCCAUGUCCCAGCCACUCCUCAGGGCUCUCCUAUGAAAGAUCGCCUCAACCUCCCAAGCGUGCUCGUGCUGAACAGCUGCGGGAUUACCUGUGCGGGAGACGAAAGAGAAAUCGCAGCCUUCUGCGCUCACGUGUCAGAGCUCGAUCUUUCUGACAACAAGCUCCAAGACUGGCAUGAGGUCAGUAAGAUUGUGUCAAACGUUCCUCAACUGGAGUUUCUCAACCUGAGUUCCAAUCCUCUGAGUUUGUCAGUUUUAGAAAGAACAUGCGCUGGGUCCUUCUCUGGGGUUCGCAAACUUGUCCUCAACAACAGCAAAGCAUCAUGGGAAACAGUGCACACAAUACUGCAGGAGUUGCCAGAUUUGGAGGAGCUCUUCCUGUGCCUUAAUGACUAUGAAACAGUGUCUUGUCCUUCUGUUUGCUGUCAUUCCCUUAAGCUCCUACACAUAACAGACAAUAACCUCCAAGAGUGGACUGAAAUCCGAAAGCUGGGUGUAAUGUUCCCUUCGCUGGAUACCCUGGUCCUGGCCAACAAUCACGUGAAUGCCAUCGAGGAGCCUGCUGACUCCCUGGCUAGGUUGUUCCCUAAUCUGCGGUCCAUCAGCCUCCACAAGUCAGGUUUGCAGUCCUGGGAAGACAUUGACAAACUCAAUUCAUUCCCCAAACUCGAAGAAGUGAGAUUGUUAGGAAUCCCUCUCCUGCAGCCAUAUACCACCGAGGAGCGCAGGAAAUUGGUGGUAGCCAGAUUGCCCUCCGUUUCCAAGCUCAAUGGCAGUGUUGUGACGGAUGGUGAGCGCGAGGAUUCUGAGAGGUUCUUCAUCCGGUACUAUGUGGAUGUUCCCCAGGAGGAAGUGCCAUUCAGGAUCAGAGCACCCAGAAUCAUCCCCCUGCUUCAAGGCCAGCCUGGUCUACAGGGAGUCUUCCAGGACAGCCAGGCCUACAUAAAGAGAACCCUGUCUCAAAAGGAAAAGAGAGGAAGGAUACUUUGGUGGUAUCAUGAGCUCAUUACAAAGUAUGGGAAACUGGAGCCUUUGGCAGAAGUGGACCUGAGACCCCAGAGCAGUGCGAAAGUCGAAGUCCACUUCAACGACCAGGUGGAGGAAGUGAGCAUCCGUCUGGACCAGACGGUGGCGGAGCUGAAGAGACAGCUGAAGACUCUGGUGCAGCUGCCCACGAGCAGCAUGCUCCUCUACUACUUUGACCACGAGGCCCCGUUUGGCCCGGAGGAGAUGAAGUACAGCUCGCGAGCUCUGCACUCUUUCGGCAUUAGGGAUGGAGACAAAAUUUUUGUGGAAUCAAAAACAAAAUAACCUCUACCAGCCUUGUAAAAACUCACAUAAGGACUUCCUGCAGGGUGUUUGUUCCCAGCGUGCUUUUCUUUAGGAGGAAGGACAUGUCCGUUGUGUUUGGGUUUUGUUUAGCUUCGGAGGGGUUUUGUAUAUUUUCUUCCCCUAGAAUGGAUAGGGUUUUGGUAUUUUUUACCACAGUUUUUCAGCUCAUUUAGCAGACCUGGCUGCGUCUCCAGUCUUUAUGUGAGCUAACUAGCUCAUGCUCUUUUUCUCUCUUUCUCUGUCUCUCUUUUCUCUUCUUUUCUCUGUCUCUCCCUCCCCCUGUCCUCUCUCUCCUCCCUACCCCCCAAAGAUGGGAAAUCACCAACUCCUACUGUGUCACUGGGGUUUGUCAGCCACUGGGCUCUUUCCUGCUAAGCCCAAAGACAGCGUGGUCCCUCAGAGGGGUGAUGCAAUGUUCACAUCAGAAAUGGGUUCCUUCCCUCCCUCCUCGCCAUUUCUGUUCUGGGUCUGGUGUUUAUCCUGACUUGUACCCGCUUCCCUGGUAGUUUUACUCUGUUCAUAAUUUAACUUGGUUUUGUUGUUGUUGUUUGGUUUGGUUUUCCCCCUCUCAUUCCAAGUUUUAAAUGGUUUUGGGUAUUUUAAGCAUUUUCAGCCUGAUUCUGAUCUCAGGAACUCAGUUAAGUUUUACAGAGAAGUAGAUGGAAUGAUAAACCCUAGGAAACUUGCUGUUCUUCUGGAAGCCUGGGCUGGGCACUUUAACCUUCCCACCACUGCCUGCCCCAGAAGAACCCUCCAGUGUUAGAUCGCCUGUCACUCCCAUUACAGAAUCAGCUCAUAAGCUGGCCAGGCAGGUGUGUGAAGAAAUGGUGGGACUGGGGGAGAAAGAGCUUCCGGCUUCCCAGCUUUCCUCAUGUGUGUCAUCCUGAAUGAAGCCCUGUCCUCGAACUCUCACUUAAGUGAGAGAUUCUAAUCACGGGAGCUGUGGCCCCCUGUUUCUUGGGACUGUGUGAUAAUGGAAUUGAACUGCUGUUUUUGUUUUGUGUUUUAUGUCCCCUGUGGAAUAACUGUUGUCUAAUCUAUGAACUUCUAGUCCCCCCCCCCCCAGUGUUUUUGCAGGGUGUGUGCAAAGCACUCGGUCUUUGACGCCAUCCCUCACCUACUCUCCUAUUCUGAAGUCUUUCUCUUCAGCCCUCCAUUCUUCGUUAACCUGGUUGGUUUCUUGCGGGCUAUUGUUUUGUUCUGUUCUGUUUUUGUUUUGUUUUGGCUUUUAACAUUUGUUAUGUGAUUCCACCCCUCCUACAAACUUAAUUUGGUGUAAACUCUUUAGGUGACCCAUGUGAUCUCUUCACGGAUGGGGAGUUGCGUUUUUUAAGUUUCCUCCUCCGCCAUGUGGCAGGUGUUUGUUCUCUUGCCACCGCACUUCAGGUUCAGCGUCUUUAAAGCUGCUGACCCGGGCCUCCUGAGGCAGGCCCACAUUCACCGCAGCAUUAAGGGUGAAAGCCAAAGGGUUUAGAAAGAUGAGUGGAGCCGGUUCUCCCGCUGCAGACUUUGUCUCAGAACCCGAAAAGUGAGCAGUGGGAACCGGGCGGGAUAGACGAGGACAGUUAUUUUGCAAUCGCAUUUUCUUGACAGAUUUUUGGAAAUAGAAAAGAGUGUGGCAUCCGUGUCCGGAUGAUGAAGACUGGUUGCUUGUGUCUGUGCGUGUGCGUGCGGAGGAGUCUGCAAGAGAGACUGUAAUGGAGACGUUGCUUUGUCAGCCUGGGAAACAGUUGCUCUCUUAUUUUUGAACUUUGGAGCCACUAUCGUCCCAUGGCAGAAGGCAGAGUGAGCACUUAACACUUUGGUCACAAUGAGAUAUUUUAUAUAUGACAAAGUUUUAUGAGAGGCUUUUUUACUCUUUGAAACUCAUGUCUUCUGUUACUACAACAGUGUUAUCUGCUGCAGGCCUCAUAAUCCUUUACUACAGCUGCAUGUAAAUGGAACCUCUCAUCCAACCCAACUGGCGUAGGGACUUUUAGGGCGUUAUAAUGGGUGGUUUGAAUAAUUGCCGAGUCAUUUCCAAUUAAGAAAAAUCCUAAGUACAGUCCUUGGCCUUUUAGAAUUAACAGAAGUAAGCGAGAAAGCUGUGUGAGCAUGCGUAUUUACAGAUUCACUUGGGUGGCUGAGUGAAGAAGCUGGUUUUAAAAUAAAAUCGGUGCUGUGUAGACAUUUAUAACCAAAAUUAUUUUUAUAACAGACCGAGAAGGAGGAGAGAAGAGAGCAUGGACCUUUGAGCCGCAUGUUACCCAUCAUGCUUGUCUGUGUUUAACAGUGUCGUCAUCAGACGGAGAGGGAGCAUACCGUUGACAGUUAGGAGGUGAGAAGCUGUGCUCACUGGUGUUACAGAGGCGUGCCUCCCUCCGGGCACAGCAUGUAGAACAUGCUUUUCUAAAGCAGAGAUUCUUUUCAGUUGUGGGAAAGGAAAGGAGUAACACAAGAAAGCCAGAUCCAAACCCAGGCCUCCCUGUGGGCAGAGUUACCGAGCUUCCUUCCAGAUGGAUCUGUUAGUUGAAUUGUCGAGGCAUCCUGGAUUGCGUUAUGGGGGCAGGGCCACAGUUGCCUAUUUCUGCAGGCCACCGCCAUAAAUGGUACGAGCGCAGCAGAGAUGCAGGCCCCUGGUUCUGAGAGACCCUCCUGUGAAAGUGAAGCCCAUUGCAGAGGGUUAUAAUGCUACACCCAGAGAAAAGAGCCACUUAAGGGAAGGAAGAGCAAAUGCAAUUCCACCUGGGAUUCUUAGCCAUGUCCCCCCCACAGCCAUGCUGGGAGCAGAGGGCACUUGGUUAUGCAGUAUUGAUCACCACAGGAGCCUUGCACCAAUAGCUUUUCCUGACACACAGGAGUGUGGCUCUCCCACUGCAGCUUAGGCCCGGCAAGUAGAAGGUGACCCAGAAUGCUCUGUCGCUGUAUGUACUGUAAUUCCUGUCUGAAUUUUACUUUGCUCUUCAUUUCAUGUAAGACUGAAAUGCACACAAACUGCUUUCAAGAAUGCCCAGAAGCUCUGUGUCCCCACAUGUUGUGAACUCUACCGUUUUUCAUAGGUGCUUCCUUAAAAUGUAUGUUUAUCCUAGUGACCGAGAGGGGACUGAACUCUCAGGCCCUUAACAGUUGUCUCCUGCAGUUAAUGAAAAUAUAAAUAUAUAUAUAUUUUAUUUUAGAAUAUAAUUUAAACAUGAAGGUCUAUUCUUUGCACUUUUUAUUAAUAUAGAGAGAGAGAAUCUUUAAAAAAAAAUUAAAAAUCCAAGUCCAUUUA